AUGGCACGAAUGGCUUCUAUCCUCCAUUUUCUGGUCAUCUCUCUUUGUUGCUCUUUCCUUUUCUUCUUAUCCGAGUCACAAACCGAUCCUCAAUCCCAUGGCGCCCCAAAUACCCGUAACAAACCAAAUCUGCUAGUUCUACCCGUUCAACAUGAUGCUUCUAGUGGACUCCAUUGGGCCAACAUCCACAAGAGAACCCCUCUGAUGCAAGUCCCUGUCCUAGUUGACCUAAACGGAAAACACUUAUGGGUUAACUGUGACCAACACUACUCAUCCUCAACUUACCAAGCACCCUUUUGCCACUCCACACAAUGCUCCAGAGCCAACACUCACCUCUGCCACACUUGUGUCUCUGCAUCCAGACCCGGAUGCCAUAACAACACGUGUGGUCUCAUGUCCUCGAACCCUGUCACCGAAGAAACCGGCAUAGGUGAGCUAGCCCAAGAUGUGUUAGCAAUCCAAACCACAACCAACACUCGUGGGUCAAGACUUGGUCCAAUGGUGAGAGUCCCUCAAUUCCUCUUUUCUUGUGCACCUUCCUUCCUUGCCCAAAAGGGUUUGCCAAACAAUGUUCAAGGUGUGGCUGGACUAGGCCAUGCACCCAUUUCUCUACCAAAUCAACUUUCUUCCUACUUUGGAUUACAACGCCAAUUCACCAUGUGCCUCUCUCGCAACCCAUCAUCAAACGGGGCUAUUCUAUUCGGGGAUGCACCAAAUAACAUGCGUUAUAAUCAGGAUAUUUUCCAUGAUUUGGCUUACACCCCAUUAACAAUUAGCCCACACCUAGGAGAGUACUACAUCCAAAUCACAUCGAUAAGAAUUAACCAACAUAAUGUUGUCCCAUUUAACCCAACCAUGUUAUCAUCAAAUCCCGAAGGUGUUAUGGGAGGAACAUUGAUUACCACAACAGCUCCUUACACAGUUCUUCACGAAUCCAUUUUUGAGACGUUUGCUAAAUUAUAUGCAAACCAAAUCCCAAGGCAAGCACAGGUGAAUGCUGUGGGACCAUUUGGUUUAUGUUUCGACUCAAAAAGGAUGGGUGCAGCAGCUCCUUAUGUUGACCUUGUGAUGGACAAGCCUAAUGUUGUUUGGAGAAUCUCUGGUGAGAACUUGAUGGUGCAGGCACGUCCUGGGGUUACGUGUUUGGGGAUUGUGAACGGAGGAAAGAAUGCUAGAGCUCCAAUUGCCAUAGGGGCACGUCAAUUGGAAGAAAACGUUGUCGUUGUAGACCUCGCAAGGUCAAGGCUCGGAUUCAGCACUUCACUGCAAUCGCAUGGAAAGAAAUGUGCUGACCUCUUUGACUUCAACAAUCCUGCAUAG